AAUCAGGAAUACAUAGAAAAGAAAAAGCUGGUUACAGGGGUUUUGGGUUUGGAGAAAUCAUCCCAUUUCACCAUAAUGGCGGAUUCUGCAUGCAGAAAACUCAGAGACGGCGUGCUUGAGGGAGAGCUCGCACCAGUUCUUCUCAUAUCGGAUGCAAAUGGAAAUUCGAUUGCAGGCCCCUCUAUUUUUCACUACUUCGUGCGUUCACUUGCAUCCAACAUUACCUCUUCCCGAUCUCAAGCAAAGGGUCUGGUCAUGGUGGCUUACAAUCGCACUCCUGAUUUCUACAUGAAAUUAUUGACAUCCGCUGGCCUGGACAGAGGACUGAAUAGCUGGUUUCAGGUAUUAGACUGUUUCACUGAUCCACUUGGAUGGAAGAAAAAGGUUCUUGAUAAUUUAAAACCUCAUAAUUCAGAGACCUCUGAGAUACAGCAGGAACAAGUAACACAUGCAGGCUUUACUGUUUAUAGGGAUGUAGGAAAUGUGGAUGGCUUGAUGUCUGCUAUCAUAUCAUCAGGUGGAGGAUUAAUUGGGAAUCAGUGCAAAGCUCGUUUUUCUGUUGCCAUUGAUUUGGUAAGCAUCAUGAUGAGACAUCUAUCAUUGCCCUCGGUAGCAAGCCUCAUAAAUAACCUUCGUUGUCAUGAUCAAAUCUCAUGUGUCUUAUUGUUGAUUCACUCUGAUGUACACAACCUCAGGACCUCAAUGGCUCUUGAAUACAUGUCCACUAUGGUAGCUUUUAUAGAGCCAAUUGCUCCUCUACCUAGAGAUUCACCUGAAUUGAAAAGCCAUCCUUACAAUCUGGCUGCCUUAGAAGAAAACUUAAAAAGAGGGAGGUUUCGUUUACGUAUGAAACGCCGAAAUGGGAGAGUUCAAGAACAGAUAGAAGAAUUUAUGCUGGAGCAGGCAGAUGUGAAGUUUUCACCAAUUACACAUGGGAAUUUGGUUCUUAGAGGAAGUAGUAAUAUUCCACAGGUCCAAUUCAAUCUUCAAUUGACAGAGAGGGAACGUCAGGACCGUGCAAAAGUUACUCUUCCAUUUGAGCACCAAGGAAAUGGCAAGGAGAUACAUAUCUAUGAUGGAAGAAAAGGAAGUACUGAAUGGAAAGCUUCACCUGUUUCAGAUUCUCAAGAAGCUACUAGGAAUUCAGUUAUUGCUUCAUCUGUUACAUCAAAGGAAGGGGGAAGAGGUGAGAUACAUUAUGUGCGAGAUUCAGAUGAUGAGGCACCUGAUUCUGAUGAAGAUCCUGAUGAUGAUUUGGAUAUCUGAAGAUCAAAAGAAAACAAAAAAUAGUUUUGAUAUUUUGAGAUUCGAUAUUAGUAAUUUUUGAUUGAUCAGGUCAGAGAAGGCUCAGUGUAGAGACCCCUUUUAGUGUUGGGUCCUAAGAUAAAGGGUUUCAUUUUUACACCACGAUGCCAAAUCAUUGAGAAAACCAGCCAGGGAAGAUAGGAUCGUGGGAUGUGUACCCUACCCUAUCUUUUCAAUUCAAUGUUAAUGGCAAAAACGUGCAUAUUUUCUUCCUUGCAGAGCAAAUUGUGCGUGAGAAAAUUUCGUCAAGAACUAUGUAGUUUAUUGGUUUGCAGGUUUUGGUGUGAUAGGAGAUCAUAAUCUUGAAGGAAGAAAAUGAUUAAAUAAUUAUUGUGAAUUUACAAACUUGCUUUCAAAAGCAAUAAAGGAAAUGUAACUUAUCGUGUAAACCUGAUUAAAAAUUGGCAAAAGGGCUGAUAUACUGUUAUGAUCUUUCAAAUUGAGUACAGGGAAUGAAUUUUGGUUU